AUGUCUUCAUCACCAAUUCAAACAAACUUUGAUACGAUCAGAGCCGCAAAGGUUGUGGCCUUGGCCGCAACAGGAGCAUUCGCUGCUACUGCAUGGGCUAUUCACUUUAGAGAGGUGCCAAAGUUGGUGACCUCUCUGACAGACUCUUCAAAGAAGGCCUUCUUGGAUAGCUUUGUAAAGAUGUACAGCACCUACAAGCCACCACAAGUGUCAAUGCUUGCCAUUGCCACUGUAGCCUCUGCAUACGUAGCCUCCAAGGACAGACAAUGGCUGCCAGUCACCCUGUUAGCCGCAUUGCCAGGCCUAUACACCGUUAUCUUCAUGGAGCCCAGUAUCAACAAGCCACUCUAUACCAUGCAGCAGAAUGCUCAACAGAUCGAAGAAGUUGACUCCAAGAAACUAGGCAAAAUGAUGCAACAAUGGAAGAUAAGACAUCUCACACGUACAGUGAUCUCCACUGCCACCAUUGGAGUAAUCCUACUUCUUAAGCCAUUCGUAUCAAAAUUGUUGUGUGAGGGUAUGUCUUGCGAGGGUAUGUUUCCAUUCGUUUUCUUGUUCUCAAAGUCGAACGAAAGUGCUGGUCCCCUUCACUUGUCAAUGCAAAUGUAA